UUUCGUUCUAUGGGUUUAAAAUGUAAUGUAUUUCCACUUACUUCUCUUGUAAUAAUUGUUUUGUGGGCGUGGCUUCUCUUCCGGGAUGAUCCACUUGACGCGCACGGGACAGGUGAAGGAGCAGAGUCCGGCCUGCGCUAGUUUUGAACCCGGGUCUCUGCAGCGGACUAGAGGCACGUGACGGCUGCGGAGAGGUCCAGACUAGUGAUUUUUGACGUGAUUUGGCGUGACCAUUCAGACGAACUGCUUAUAACUUUCAAACAAAACGAAAGUAGUUUCAACUAAAGGCAUCGUAGCGCAGAUUCACCAGGUCAUCGAACUUUCUUCAGUCGGUUUAAAUACUGAUUCCUAAGCAUCUAUUAUUGCCUCUCCUGGUGUCCUCAGAUGGAGUCCACAGGAGCCACGGGGGUGCAGCGGUCGCGGGACAGUGCCAGUGUGAGGCGCUCUCCUCUAGAUCUCAUCAUGAACCAGAUCCGGAGGAAGCGCUCGGACCGCAGGCCUCUGGGGAGGCUCCUGUCCUGGGCCUCCGACCGAACCGUGAUGCGAGCGGACGAGACCGACGGGAGGGUACAGAGCCCAGCUGUUCCAGAGACUGAUGAGGAGCAUGGUGUUGGAUGGGGCCGAGUUCGUGCUUUUCUUCACAAAAUGGGCUCAGAAACACAAAAAGGGAAGAUCAACCUCUCCCACUGCGACCUGACCGCUACAGACCUCCUCGAACUCGGGACACUGCUGCCCUAUGUCCCACUGUUGGAAGACUUGGAUUUGUCCUGGAAUGAGCUGAUUGGUGGAAGUCUGCACGCUCUCACUUCCCACUUAAACCACAUGACCUGUCUGUCUGCUCUGAAACUCAGCGGCUGCCGACUCAACCACCAAGACAUCACAGCACUAGGUGAUGCUCUGAGCUGCUUGCCUUCACUUGAGGUGCUGGAUUUGUCCUGGAAUGGAGCACUUGGUGGUGGUGGGUUGCAAGGCCUUGUAGGUAAACUGCAGCCUUCUUUGACAGAGCUCCAUCUGGUGGCAUGUGAACUCACUGCAGAGGAUGGCACUUCACUGGGAGGGAUACUGUCUUCCCUGUCCUGCCUGUCUGUUCUGGACCUCUCCUGCAACCCACACUUCACUGAUGGAGUCAAAGAAUUGUGCUCCACUCUGUCCAAAACCACUUCACUCAGGACACUCAGACUUCAGGGAGUGGGACUGGUCCCCCACAACCUACAGACUCUGGGUGAAUCUCUUCAGUUCGUGCCCUCGCUGCGUCUCUUGGACCUGUCCUCAAACAAAGGUGUGUCUGGACACCUGUCACUUCUCUCCUCUCACCUGUCCCACCUGUCUCUGCUGGAGACUAUCGACCUCCACCUGAGCCAACUGACGUCCUCCGACAUACAAGCUCUGGUUCAGGUGCUGCCCUCUCUGAUUUCUUUAACAGAGCUGAAUAUUUCAUCCAAUCAGGAGGCAGGAGACACUGUACAUGCACUGAUCCCUGCUCUUCCUCUCACUCACAUGAAGAGCCUCCCCCUGAACAACUGUGAUCUAAGCCUUGAAUCAUACACUGCUCUGGUCGUGGCUGUGCCGUACCUUCGUUGUGUGGACGUCUCUUGGUGUAAAGUGGUUGGGGGCAGAUUGUCGUUGCUUCUUGAUGCUCUUCAACCUUCAGUCCUGCAGGAGCUGAGACUGAGCAGCUGUGAACUCACCACACAGGACAUCCAACAUCUGGCCUCUGCAUGUCGUGGGGGAUUUCUCUCCUGUCUGCGAGUUCUGGAUCUCUCCUACAAUGGCUCUGUUGGGUCUAAUGGCUGGUCCAGUUUGCUCACCUCUGGAGGACUGGGUUUACUGGAAGAACUCGAUCUUAGCCUGCGACCUUUCACCUCUGCCCCCUGCUCUGAUUGGCUGCCCGCUUUGCUCCGCGCUCUUCCUCGUUUGGCAGCUCUGAAAAGACUGGGACUACAAAGAUGGACGAUUGACGGCAAAGAAAAACUACAACUAGAUCAUAAUUUGAAGAAGAGAAGUGUCUUGUUAGAGAUGGACACAGAGGAGACCAAUCAGGACAAAGAGAUUCAACCUGAGGAGUAAAAACCUAAUGCAGGAAUCAAGUAUAUAUAAAAACAAGAGUACUACCAAUUAAAGCAACACUGUGUAACUUUUUAUCCAAGUAAUGCACUGAAGUAUGGUUUUAAAGUUUUAUUUCCAUGGCCUCCUCCAGAAUGUUGCAGAGUGUUGCUUUAAACUUCUUUUCUCAAUCAAAUACUGUAAUAUUGUUGCACUGUGACAAAACAUGGACUUACAAGUUAAACAUUGAUGUGGAAGGUGAUGAAAAACAAGCAUACAAUUAAUUGCACAUUGAUGUUAUUCUUGAGAAAAUAUGAUUUAUUUUUGUUUUUCAGUAAAAAGACAUUGAG